AAUAUUUGCUUAUUUUUACAUUUUUUUUAUAAAAGUCUUUUAUGAAAAUAGUUGCUGCAAAUUGUAUAAGCAAUUUUUAUCCCCAGAAUAAAAAGUACGUGCCCGGCGUCUGCGUGCUGCUGUUUUCAUUCGCCCUCUUGGCUGCUGUGACACAACCACUGGAUUACAAAGAUGGGAUUAGUGAGGCAUUCCUGGUGUGGGGUGGCUCUCAGAGCCCUGAUGAGGGUGGGCUCAUUAGGACCAGGUUGGGGGAGAGUUUUUUGAGGCUGAGUGCUCUUUGCCAUGGCUCGGCAGCGUGCAAACCCCACUGCAUAGCUCCCUUUAGCAGAAGGGACCUGGGGCCUCUGUGUGCUGAGAAGGGGCUCAGCAGCUGUGUGCGUGCUUUGGGGUGGAUGGGGAGGAGCAUUUUCAGAUCUGGAAAAUUUCAGACUUGAGCAAUUAGAGAACAAAUUGUUGGUGGCUCCAUUCCUGUGUUUUGAACAGAGAGCUGCUCCUGCAUCUUAAGCUUAGUGUGUGCUCCCCUGGCGGGUUUUCAGCUGUGGGCUCUGGGUGGAGCUGCUCGCUGAAUUAUGAUGCCCAGGAGGGAUAACAAAGCUGCUGGGAGGCAUUUUCACUGUUUGAAUAUUAAACUCUGUAGCUCCUUUCUCUUCCAGCAGAGCCAGCUCAACCAGUAGGAGCAUCCAGCAGCUCACCUCCCUCCCACAGGUUGCCCCACAUUUGGGGGCUCAGGCUGAGACCUGCCUCGUCCCCUGCGUGCAGUGUGAGGAGCAGGUUGUGGGAACCUGUCCUGCCGCUUCCAAACAGGCCUGCAGGAACCAGCCGGGCAGGCAUCACUGAAUGAAAGGAGAACUGUGGGAGCCUCAGGCUCCUUUGGGGGUAUUUUCAUGCUUGUUCAUAAGCAGUGCCCUCUUUCCAGGCCCACAGAGCCAGGCCUGCCUGCACACGCCAGGCUGAGCCUCCGUAGUGCUUUGGGAGCCGUGGGAGAGCCCUGCAGUGGGGAGCGUGGCUCCAGCGUGGUGGCGCGAAGCUCCUCAGUGGGAGCUGAUGGACAUGGACCAGCAGAGCCUGCGUCAGUGCAGGGUGUGGGGACGGCCACCUGCCCGCUAUCUGAUGGCCCCCAGCCGCAGGCUGUCCCCGCAUCCUGCCGGAAAGGUGCCCGGGCAGAUCAAACAAGGGCGGUGCGGGGCUGACGCACUGCGAGCUGGGAAGGGUGCGGGCCUCGCUGGCUGCCAUCCUAUCCCGUCCCAUCCCGCCCCAUCCCAUCCAUCAUGCUGCCCGCGGGCGGCCUCCCCGAGGCUUGUCCCUGCCACCCCGUGCUAUUCCAGAUGGGCACCCGGCAGGUGCAAGGCUGGGUUUUGCGUAUAGGCUGCUCUGUUUGCUCUGAUAAUUAAUGCUAAUUGCAGGGGGUUUAUUGACCAACUAGGAGAGGUCCUUCCUGUCUUCUCUGGAGAAAUGCUGAAUGCAAACAGAGCUGAGAUCUAGGCGGGUUUCCAGCUGGGUCGGGGGAUGUGGGCAAUGAGCCUUAAGAUUUUUAUGAUGGCAAUCACCUGAGCUGUGCAAAUAGUGACUCGAGUGAGCAUGGGGCUAUAUAGGGCAGCUCCUCCUGCCCUGUGGACUUGAGGGGCCGUUAUUCUUCCCAUCUCCGUGUGCCAGGUGAGAAUGGGGCUGCCACCAAGCACAGCCUCGGGGUGCUCAGGGGGAUGAGAGCUGCCUUUAUGGCACAGGGCACGCUGUAGCCUUGUGGUCUUCAAGCCAACUUUUGUUGCUGUCUCUUGGAGGGGAAGAUAAGCUGAGUCUGCAAAUGAUCCCCAGCACUGGUGAUUAGCGCACAUAAAGGGGAGCUGCGCUGAGGCAGCCGGUUGCCUCCCCAGCCUGGCAUGGAUGCAAGCAGGAGGAACAGUGAUGCACAGAGGCCUCAUGGCCUUAGCAGCCCUGGCUGCUCAUGUCAUCACUGCUGCUGCCCUGGGCAGCACAAGCCAUGGGUCCCCCGCCCAUGCAGGUGGCUGUACCAUCCCCCAAAGCACUGCUGGCAGUGGCGGGGCUGGGUCUGCCCAGGGACUCCGAGCCCUGCCUAAGGCACCUGUUGACACCAUGGGAUCUUACAGGGGUUGCCUGCUGAAGAGAGAAGGAUGAUGGCAGCCAGGUGUGCCCUUCUGCUGCUGUGCUGCAUGGUGCUCCUGCAGGUGGUCGGAGCCCGGUACCUGCUGAGCUGCCCCGAGGGCUGGUCCUACUACAAGCUGAACUGCUUCAGGUAUUUCCCCCAGCGCCGCACCUGGGAGGAGGCAGAGGAACAUUGCCAGAACAGCUACUCUGGAGCCCACCUGGCCUGGGUGGAGGAGCCCAAGGAAGCAGCCACGCUGAGCCAGGUCAUCAUGUACUACCAGCGCACGCAGCCCGUCUGGCUGGGCCUGCACUACCUGCGGCAGAGCCGGGACUGGCGCUGGACCCACGGAGAGAAGUACGAUGACCUCCCAACGCUUCCUGGGAAUGGUGCCCGAGGAGGAAGCUGUGCCCUGCUGACCUGGAGCAGCAGUUUCACCGUGUGGUCCAGUGCCGACUGUGAACGACAGCACCACUUCAUCUGCAAGUUCAUGCCCUUGCAAUGAGCAGGGCCCAUGCC